AUAAUAACUAUAAAUCAUAAAUAGUGGGUUCUAUCACUAUAUAAAUAUAUAAAAAUUAGUUGUUUUUGGUCCCUGGCAUCACCCCGUUUCAAUUGUCACCAGCCGCCAAUCGGUACACCUCAUAUUGAGGUUCACCAAUUCCAUAACUGAGAAGAGUGGAAAUUUCCAGCACACGUGACUUGCGCCCAUAUUUUUUUAUAUAUCACUUGGGUCACCAAGUACAUCAUGCACAAUAACGCGUCCACAACUUAGAUCAUUAGCAUUUAGCAAUAGCAACCAUCAAACAAUCAAAUUUAAAUUAACCCCUCUUGCCACUUUUUAUAAAUAAAAAUUUGAAGUUUUUUAUAGUACAUUUCAUUUUUAUUUACUGUGGGUCCCAUUCUGUUUUUAUGCUCGGGGCCUCAAAAUUCAAAGCACGACAUAAUGACUUUCAUGACUCAUAGAUAAAAAAAAAGUAUGUGUGCAUUAAGUUGUCUAUACAUCACGUACUGAGCUUUUAUCAUGACCGGCGUUCAGUAUAGUGCUCAUUGCAAACGAAGAGGGUUCCGAAUAAAUAACAUAUAUAAUCUCAUAUAUUAGAUUCGAAGUGAAAAUAGGAAAAAUAUUUGCCGACCGUCGGUUCUUUAUUGCAGCAAGAUCUUUGGUUAGCUAUUAGUUUCAUUUUCCCAAAUAAUCCUUGAUAAAUUCCAUCCUUGUACUUCAAAAUAAGGUAAAUACAGUUUUCAGUUCAUGUCAGUUCAUUCGUAAAGUUGAAUUGCGCAACAUCUAAAUAUAAAAUACUUGGAGUCGACUACAACUGCUCGCCACGCGUAAAUUAUUGUUUCGUUUUAACAAUUCAAACAGAAACUAAAUACUUUUGCUUUUGAUCAAGGAAACUCUGGAAGAAGAUGAAAGUCAUGAAAGAGCUGCAGCAAGACAUGGAGCCGUACAAUUUUCGCGUUAAUGAUCUGAAUACACCAAACGAUAAUCAACAAUCAAAUACAAUUUUAUUUUGGUCAAUUGUAAUAUUUUUAAAAAUUGUUUGCGUUGGCUUAGUAAUUUUGGCUGUUAUAAUUACAAAAGACAAACACAACGAAAAUAGAGUUCAAAUGAUAGGAUCCAAAGAUGCUGCAACAAUGAAGAGAUUGAUACAUUCUCGUCCCAAAAUGCUAUCAUUAGAAGAUGAUAAUAAAGUUUUCAACUCAACAAUCUUGAGCAGUUUUUUCAAACAAACCAUGAUUUACUCGAUCAACCCACCCACUGCAGUUACUGCACAAACCACGCCAUACAAGAAGACCUCUGCCCUAAUGAGUAUCAAAGACCACUCCAAUGACGUAAAGAGCGCAAAGUUUAAGGGCAUUCGAAUAUAAUUGUCCCAACAUUAGUUACCAUGUGUCCCAAUUGAGAUUGUUCGGAUUAUGAGUACUAAUCAUUGAUGUCCCGAUUAGAUUUUUCGGGGCUAGUGAGACUAUUCUGUGAUUUUUGUUUUUAUUCCUAAAAUAUUCAUUCCGACCACUGGGUCAUUGUUUCAAUUAAUGUAAUACCAGUAUAUUUCUUGGCAAAAAAUGAACUCAGAUUGUAUUUUAUAUGUACAGUGGAAACUAGCUUAAUGAGCACAUCGCAAAACGAGCAUUUCGCUUAACGGGCAAAAUAAAAUAUAAGAAAAAUGCAUCCAAAAUGGAACG